AUGCCAUCAAAGAAAACAUCAGAAAAGCCUACAACAACAUCGCCGACGCUCUAUCUAGAAUGGACAGCACCAACCCACAAAGUCCGCCUCUCGCAUCUAAACACCCUCCUCAAAGCCCUGGAUGAUUCCACCCCCGCAUCCACAGCAGAAGGAGAUAAUGCAGAGCCCCAAAAGAAAAAGAACAUACUAGAAUUAGGCUGCGGCGCCGGCGUCCCAUGCACACAAGUCCUAGCAUCGCGUGCAGACCUACAAAUUACCGCAAACGACAUCUCAGACUCACAAAUCGCGCUCGCUAAAACCCGACUCCCCUCCGAGUCUGUGACUCUCAUACAGGGUGACAUGAUGGCGCUAGAGUUCGACAAUGCCCAUUUCGACGCCGUGUUGGCUAUGUACUCAAUAAUCCACCUCCCGCGCGAGGAGCAGAAGGAAAUUCUGCAGAAGAUUGCGGGAUGGUUGAAGCCCGGUGGACGGUUUUUGGCUAAUUUUUCCGAGGCUGGAUUUGAGGGGGCGGAGCAUCAGUCUUGGUUGGGCGGGAGUGAGGGUUCGAUGUAUUGGAGUGGGUGGGGGAAGGAUGAGAUUAGGAAGAUUUUGAAUGAUGUCGGGUUUCAGAUUGAGGUUGAUGAGGUUGUUGUUGAUGUUGAGGUUGAUGUUGAUACUGGGGUGGGUAAGGACGUGUCGUUUCAUUGGAUACAGGCGAGAAAGAUUUAG